AUGCCUGGCCUCUGGCGGGGCCUGCGGGUGCUGCUCUCGCUCCAGCUGGCCCUGCUGGGCCUGGCCUCCGACCCCUGCUACGAUGCCGCCCGGCGGCCCCGCUACUGCCUCCCGGAGCCGACCGACCUGGCCGCCGGGCGCCUUGUCCAGGCCUCCACCACCUGCGGCCGCCCCCCGCAGCGCCUGUGCGCCUUCCGCCACCCGGGCAACACCUCGUCCCGCCGGUGCCGCCUCUGCGACGGGGCCGACCCUGCUGCCGCCCACCCCGCCGCCUACCUGACCGACGCGGGCGGCGAGGCCACCUGCUGGCAGUCGGGGCCGGUGGCCAAUGCCAGCCUGACCCUGGCCCUGGGAGGCCGCUUCGAGCUGCUCUACGUGGCCCUCCGCUUCUGCUCCCCCCGCCCCCACUCCAUGGCCCUCUACAAAUCCACAGACCAUGGCCACUCCUGGAUGCCUUUCCAGUUCUUCUCCGCCCGCUGCGCCCAGGCCUACGGGCUGCCCCCGGCCUCGGUCAUCAGCAAGGCCUCGGAGCAUGAAGCCAUCUGCACCUCUGCCCAGACAGACCCCACGCCGCUGGUGGGGGGGCUGGUGGCUUUCAUGCCUCUGGCCGGCCGCCCCUUGGCCCGGGCCUUCGAGUACAGCCCCGUGCUCCAGGACUGGGUGACAGCCACCGACCUGCGGGUGGCCUUGGACCGCAGGCACUGGGGGCUGGGGCUGCGGGGCCGGGAAGCCUCCUACGGGGUGUCGGAGCUGCAGGUCGGGGGCCGGUGCCGGUGCAACGGGCAUGCUGCCCGGUGUGGGGCUGCCGGGCCCGGCGGGGCCCCCCAGUGCCAGUGCCGCCACAACACGGCCGGCCCCGAGUGCGAGACCUGCAGGGCCUUCUAUUGCGACCGGCCCUGGCAGCGUGCCACGCCCAGCGAUGCCCACGAGUGCGUGGCCUGUGAAUGCAACCGCCACUCGCACCGGUGCCGCUUUAACAUGGAGCUGUACAAGCUGUCGGGGCGCAAGAGCGGGGGUGUCUGCCUGAACUGCCGGCACCACACGGCCGGGCGGCACUGCCACUACUGCCAGCCGGGCUUCAAACGUGACCUGGCUCGGCCCAUCACCAGCCGCAGGGCCUGCAAGGCCUGCCAGUGCCACCCCAUUGGAGCUGUCAGCACCAUGUGCAACCAGACCACGGGGCAGUGCCAGUGCAAGAUGGGCGUCACCGGGCUCACCUGCAACCGCUGCGCCCAGGGCUUUCAGCAGAGCCGCACAGCCCACAUCCCCUGCAUCCGCAUUCAAGAGGUGAUGACCACCACAGCUGUCUACCCCCUGGAGUGGAACACAGGUGCCUGGGGCACUGAAUGCCGGACUCACUGCAGCCCCUCCCACGGCCGUGUCCACAUGAACCUGCGAAAAUACUGCAAGAAGGAUUACGUGCUGCAUGCCCAGCUGCUGUCCAUGGUGGAGUCGGGCGAGUGGUGGCAGUUCACAACCUCAGUGCUGGCGGUAUAUCGGCAGCGCCAGGUGCCCAUCCGUCGGGGCGAGCAACCGCUCUGGGUGCCCCGGCAGGACCUGGCCUGCGGCUGCCUGCGCCUUCAGGUUGGCAAGGCCUACCUGGUGAUCGGGAACGAUGCGGAGUCGCCCGACCCGGCACGCCUGGUGCUGGACAGGAACAGCCUGGCGCUGCCCUGGCGCGAUGUCUGGGCCCACAAGCUCCGUCGCUUCCAGCAGCAGGACCGGCAGGGCAACUGCCGGAGCCCCUGA